AUUUUCAAACCUCUGCCACUCCUCUCGCAGAUGUAUCGUAUAGUGAAAUGAAGAACAACACCACUCAAUCUCUCCUCCUCCUUCUCUUCUUCUUCUUCUCCGUCACCGAAAUCUCUCAUUCUCUUUCGAUCUCAUCCAAUGCUCGUCUCUCCGACACCGAAGUCAGAUUCAUCCAACGCCGUCAACUUCUCUACUACCGCGACGAGUUCGGUGACCGCGGUGAGAAAGUAACCGUAGAUCCAUCACUAAUCUUCGAGAAUCCACGACUUCGAAGUGCUUACAUAGCUCUUCAAGCUUGGAAACAAGCUAUUCUCUCUGAUCCUAAUAAUAUCACUGUUAAUUGGAUCGGAUCCAAUGUCUGUAACUACACCGGAGUUUUCUGUUCACGAGCUCUUGAUAACCGGAAGAUCCGUACCGUCGCUGGAAUCGAUCUCAAUCACGCCGAUAUCGCUGGGUAUUUACCUGAAGAGCUUGGUUUGUUAACAGAUCUAGCUUUGUUUCAUGUUAAUUCGAAUCGAUUUUGUGGAACUGUUCCUCAUAAGUUCAAGCAGCUUAAGCUUUUGUUCGAGCUUGAUCUUAGUAACAAUCGAUUCGCCGGAAAGUUUCCGACGGUGGUUCUUCAUUUGCCGUCGUUGAAGUUCUUAGAUCUCCGGUUUAAUGAGUUUGAAGGAACUGUACCGAAAGAGCUUUUUAGUAAACAUCUAGAUGCGAUUUUCAUUAACCAUAACCGGUUCCGGUUUGAGUUACCGGAUAAUUUCGGUGAUUCUCCGGUUUCGGUUAUUGUUCUUGCGAAUAAUCAUUUCCAUGGUUGUAUUCCGACGAGUUUGGUGGAGAUGAAGAAUCUUAAUGAGAUUAUUUUCAUGAAUAAUGGUUUGAAUUCUUGUUUACCGGCGGAUAUCGGAAGGUUGAAGAACGUGACGGUGUUUGAUGUUAGUUUUAAUGAGCUUGUUGGUCCGUUGCCGGAGAGUGUUGGUGGUAUGGUGGCGGUUGAGCAGUUGAAUGUGGCUCAUAAUUUGUUGUCUGGGAAGAUUCCGGCGAGUAUUUGUCAGCUUCCGAAGCUUGAGAAUUUCACUUAUAGUUAUAAUUUCUUUACUGGUGAAGCUCCUGUGUGUUUGAGGUUGCCUGAGUUUGAUGAUCGGAGAAAUUGUUUGCCUGGAAGACCUGCUCAGAGAUCUUCACGGCAAUGUUCAGCUUUCUUGUCACGCCCGCCGGUGGAUUGUGGAUCUUUUGGUUGUGGUCGUUCUGUUAAACCGUCUCCUCCUAUUGUAGCAUUACCGCCGCCUCCUCCGCCAUCUCCGCCGUUACCUCCAACUGUCUACUCUCCUCCGCCGUCACCUCCUGUCUUUUCUCCUCCGCCAUCACCUCCUGUAUACUCUCCUCCACCGCCGCCCCCUGUCUACUCUCCUCCCCCACCACCGCCACCGCCGCCUCCUCCUCCACCAGUCUACUCUCCUCCUCCGCCGCCUCCUCCACCACCGCCGCCUCCACCAGUCUACUCUCCACCUCCUCCACCACCACCGCCGCCUCCACCACCACCAGUUUAUUCUCCACCUCCACCACCACCGCCGCCUCCCCCACCACCACCAGUUCCCCCACCACCACCAGUUUAUUCUCCACCUCCACCUCCGCCUCCACCACCACCAGUCUACUCUCCCCCUCCUCCACCACCACCACCGCCACCGCCAGUCUAUUCUCCUCCUCCGCCACCUCCUCCACCGCCACCAGUCUACUCAUCCCCUCCACCACCACCGCCAGUACAUCCAUCUCCACCACCACCAGCUCCAAUUUAUUGCGUCCGUCCUCCACCACCGCCGUGUCCCUCACCUCCCCCACCACCACACUACUCACCUCCACCGCCGCCACAUUACUCUUCUCCACCACCGCCACAUCACUCACCUCCUCCACCUUACUACUACAGCUCACCACCACCACCACAUCACUCACCGCCUCCACCUUACCACUACAGCUCGCCACCACCACCACAUCACUCACCGCCUCCACCUUACCACUACAACUCACCACCACCACCGCAUCACUCACCGCCUCCACCUUACCACUACAGCUCACCACCUCCACCACAUCACUCACCGCCUCCACCAACUUAUACAUACUCAUCCCCACCUCCACCGCAUCACUCACCACCGCCUCCACAUUAUUCCCCUCCUCCCCCACCUCCUUGUAUCGAACCACCUCCACCUCCUCCUUGCAUAGAAUACUCUCCUCCUCCUCCACCUUCAUUCCAUUACAGUUCUCCGCCGCCACCGCCAGUCCAUUACAGUUCUCCGCCGCCACCGCCAGUUCAUCACAGCUCUCCACCACCUCCAUCACCUGAAUUUGAAGGGCCAUUACCGCCGGUUAUCGGAGUAUCCUAUGCUUCUCCACCACCACCACCCUUCUAUUAAUUCUUUCAGAGGUAAACCCCAAAUAUCAAAACGAUGUCGUUUCCAUUACUUAAAAAAGAUUGAAAAUUCAG